AUGUUGUCAGGAGAUAUUGAAUUAAAUCCUGGUCCUGUUCAAAACAACAGUCCAACUAGGCUGUCAUCAAAUGUAGUGUUGCAACAAAGGUUAAGACGCUUUCAGUUAAGACCAUUUGAUGUCGGUGGUGAUGGUGACUGUUUCUUUCGAGCUGUGUCACAUCAAUUACAUGCUGACCCUGAACGACACUUUGAAGUUAGAGCGGCUGGUAUUGCAUAUAUGAGAGAUAAUCCUGAGAGAUUCAUUGAAAGUAAUACUGAAAACUCUUGGUUAGAAUACCUUAAUAAUAUGUCUAUGCAAGGUACAUGGGGCGAUGCUAUGAUAAUACAAGCUGUAGCUGAUCAGCUUAAGUUAAAAAUUACUAUUGCAGAGACACAUGAAGGGUUUCGUGAGUACAGUAUAAUACAACCUGUAUCAUCAACACAGCAACUAACUCAUGUCUAUUUGGGUCAUAUAGAUGAGUAUCACUAUGUAUCAACAUUGCCAUGUACUUCAACGUCAGGUUUUGUUGAGAUAAAUCCUGAACAGUCAACCCAGAGCUCUCAGCCUAAGCAAACAAGAACACAGUAUAUGAACAAACUCAUGAAACAAAAACGAGCUAAUGAGACACAGAGCCCCGAGGCUAAGGAAAAGAGAAGAGUUUAUGCAAAGGAAUAUAGGAAACGUAAACAGGCAAAUAACACUUCUCAGCCCUCAACGCUCAGCAUUGAGACUAAGCAAAAGAACAGACUGUACGCAAAGGAAUAUAUGAAGCGUAAACGCGCCAGUGAGAGUUUCCAGCUCUCAACACUGAGCAUUGAGGCUAAGGAAAAGAAAAGACUGUACGCAAAGGAAUAUAGGAAACGUAAACAGGUCAGCGAGGGUUCCCAGCCCUCAACACUGAGCAUUGAGGCUAAGCAAAAGAAAAGACUGCACGCAAAGGAUUAUAGAAAACAAAAACGUUGUGAGAUUGAACCACUACAAAGUUUAAUAUCCCAAUUUCAUGAUGUUGUCUCACAAGGUCCUCUUUAUAUUUGCACUUGUUGUGACCAGUUAUGGUACAAGCAUAGUGUCAUUCCAGUCACAACACUUAAAGAAAAUAAUCCUGAUGUUCAAAAAAGAUUGUUAAAUAGAAAAAGUGUUAAUAAUGUGGAGUGGUUGUGUAAAACCUGUAAUAAGCAUUUAAAAAACAAUAAGUUGCCUCCUUGUGCUGCCAUAAAUGGGCUGCAGUUUCCAGAAAAACCUUCAUUUUUCGAUCUAAAUGAAUUAGAGUGCAGAUUACUUGCUCCAAGACUUGCAUUUUAAAAAUUAAUGCAAGCUCCUAGAGGUAGACAACUAAAAAUCAAUGGGAACAUUGUUAAUGUUCCAGCAGAUGUUGUUAAGAAAAGACUGUACGCAAAGGAAUAUAGGAAACGUAAACAGGUCAGCGAGGGUUCCCAGCCCUCAACACUGAGCAUUGAGGCUAAGCAAAAGAAAAGACUGCACGCAAAGGAUUAUAGAAAACAAAAACGUUGUGAGAUUGAACCACUACAAAGUUUAAUAUCCCAAUUUCAUGAUGUUGUCUCACAAGGUCCUCUUUAUAUUUGCACUUGUUGUGACCAGUUAUGGUACAAGCAUAGUGUCAUUCCAGUCACAACACUUAAAGAAAAUAAUCCUGAUGUUCAAAAAAGAUUGUUAAAUAGAAAAAGUGUUAAUAAUGUGGAGUGGUUGUGUAAAACCUGUAAUAAGCAUUUAAAAAACAAUAAGUUGCCUCCUUGUGCUGCCAUAAAUGGGCUGCAGUUUCCAGAAAAACCUUCAUUUUUCGAUCUAAAUGAAUUAGAGUGCAGAUUACUUGCUCCAAGACUUGCAUUUCAAAAAUUAAUGCAAGCUCCUAGAGGUAGACAACUGAAAAUCAAUGGGAACAUUGUUAAUGUUCCAGCAGAUGUUGUUAAUACUGUUAACAUGUUGCCAAGGUUUCCAAAUGAAACCAGCACAAUUAAAGUUUUAAACCUUAAGAGAAGAUUGCAAUACAAAAGUUCUGCUUUAUCACUAAACGUCAGACCAAAUAAAGUAGCAGAAGCUGCCAAAUGGCUUGUAAAUAAUGGUAACCUUUAUAAAGAUGAAGGUAUAACUUUCGAUGACACUUGGCUUGAAGAUAAUUCUAAUACUCAAAUGCUAUUUGAUGAUAGUGACAAUGAUAAAACUUCAGAGGGUUCAGAAAAUGUUGUGGACUUGAAUUGUGAUACAGAAUGUAAAACCCAGCAAUCAUCAGCAUGUGAUGAUGAUGAACACUGGAGUGAAGACGAGGCAGAAAUACCUGCCGGAAUCACUGGCACUAUGUUAACAUCUCCAGAUUUUGUCACUGAUAAUGAACGUCAGCAUAUUUUAAAUGUUGCACCUGGUGAGGGAAAUAGGCCUAUGAGUAUAUUUAGAGAUAAAUACUCAGAGGAAUUAGCAUAUCCUGGUAUAUUUCUUGGACAGAAGCGACCAGACAAUACAAAUAGACUAACCAAAGUCCAUUAUAGUGAAAUUUGUAAAUCUGAAUUAAGACGGUCUGACCGAAGGGCUGCAAUGUGUGUGGAAAAUAUUUUCUUUAAAACAAAGAAAUUGCAAAUGAAAAUUUUGCUUGGGCAGUCACAAGUUGCAUUACGAAAAUGUCAACGAAAUAGUAGCACAAUCACUGGUAGUAGCACAACUAAAACAACCGGGUGCAUUAGAUAACAUGAUUCAUCAUGAUCAAGGAUUUAAAUUUCUUAGAGCUGUAAGGGGUUCACCUCCAUAUUUUGAAAAAGCUAAAAAGGAUAUAUUUGCAAUGAUCAGGCAGCUAGGAUCUGCUUCAUUAUUUUGUAGUUUUUCUUCAGCGGAAACACAAUGGACUCAUUUACUGAGAAUACUUGGUAAACUUGUUGAUAACAAAACAUACACUGACACUGAACUUGAGAACCUCAAUUGGGAAGAGAAAAGUAGAUUAAUUCAAAGUGAUCCUGUGACAUGUGCCAGGCAUUUUGAUUAUCAAGUACAGAAGUUUUUGCAAAACUUUCUUUUAAGUAGUUCUGCACCUCUAGGAAAAAUUGCAGACUGGUUCUAUAGGGUUGAAUAUCAACAAAGAGGAUCACCUCAUAUUCACAUGUUAAUAUGGCUAGAAAAUGCUCCUACGUUCGGGGAAGAUUCUGAUUGUGAUGUUGUUUCAUUCAUUGAUACGAUAAUCACAUGUGAAAAGCCAACUGAGAAUCCAGAUUUACUUGCACUUGUAAACAGGCAAGUUCAUCGCCAUUCUCACACUUGUCGAAAGAAAUCCAAAAGUGUGUGUCGUUUUAAUUACCCACAGCCACCUAUGAGGUCAACCAAAAUUCUAUAUCCAUUAGAUAUUGAUAUGGAUGAUAAUGAAGUUGAUCAACAUAAAGAUACUUGGAAAUUUAUAAAGAAACAUCUGAAUGAUAUGAAAGAGGGCGAGGACAUUACAUUUGACCAGUUGCUUGUAAAUCUUAAAUUGACAGAACAAAACUAUUUGCUAGCUGUUCAAUCUAGUCUCAAGACACCAACUAUAUUCUUAAAAAGAAAACCGAACGAACUAAGGAUCAAUAAUUAUAAUGCUGCAUGUCUCAGUGCAUGGCGUGCAAAUAUGGACAUUCAGUUUGUACUAGAUGUAUAUGCAUGUGCAAUAUACAUUGUAUCAUAUAUAUCCAAGGCUCAAAAAGGCAUGAGUAAGCUAUUGAGAACAGCUUGUGAAGAAGCAAAAAGGGGAAACUCCAGUAUUAAACAACAAGUGAGAGAUAUUGGAAAUAGGUUUUUGAACAAUGUUGAAAUAAGUGCACAAGAAGCAUUCUAUAUAGUACUUCAACUUCCAAUGAGGAAAUCUUCUCGUCAAGUAGUAUUUAUAAAUACUUCACCCCCUGAGGAUAGAGUUCAGUUACUAAAACCAUUGCAAGAAAUUAAUGAUUUGGAAGAUGAUUCUGAUGAAAUUUAUGCAUCUGGUCUAAUAAAGCGUUACACAAAACGACCAGCCAAACUUGAAAAUGUGUCGCUUGCAGAUUGGGCUGCAUGGUACGACUCCACUGGUAAGCCAUAUAUCAAACCAUCACGUGAAUUAGAUAUUGAUAAUUAUCCACUUGAGACAAACUUGAGUGAUAAUGAUGAUAAUAAUGAGGAAGAAGAAAGCAAACAAAAGAAUAAAAAAAGAUCUAAAGCCAGAAUUAUUCGAAGUGUCUGUUUUAAUAAGGAAGUUGAUUCUGAAAAGCAUUACCGUGAACUAAUCAUGUUAUUCACUUCGUGGAGGGAUGAAAUAACUGAUUUAUUAGGAAAUUGUGCUUCUUACCAAGAACACUAUUUUCAAGUUAAAAAUACAAUAGAUGAGCAAAUGAAAUGUUAUGCUAUGUGCAGUGAAGACCUGAAUGCGAUUCAAGACCAGCUUAAUAAUGUGGAAGAUAGUGAUGAAAACUAUGACCUGAUUGCCCCAGGAACACAAAACAUUGAGCGUCAAGAUGCAGAUGAAGGUGCACAAGACCUUCAUCCAGAAUUCAAUGAAAACUAUGACCUAUCUGGUGAUCUUGGAAUUCCUUCAGCUGCAUCUAAUACUGAGCAGCUGAUAUUGCAUGAAGAACAGGAUGAUGUUUACAGAGGAAUGGUACAAAAAUUAAACAGAGAACAAAAAGAAUUUUUCUUCCAUGUUUUACAUCUUAUUAAAACUUCUGACAAUCCAUUCUACUGUUUUCUUAGUGGAGGGGCUGGAGUUGGCAAGUCACAUCUCACUAAGUGUCUUUAUCAAGCAGCAUUAAAGUAUUAUAAUACUAGAGCAGGUGAUGAUUUCCAUCAAGUGAAAAUAUUAAUGCUUGCACCAACUGGUAAAGCAGCUUACAAUAUCAAAGGUAACACAAUACAUAGUGCACUUUCAAUACCUGCAUGUCAAUCUUUAAAGAAUUACAAACAUCUUGAUUCAAGCAGGUUAAACACCUUACGGUGUCAACUUGGUGGUUUAAAACUAAUAUUUUUGGAUGAGAUCUCAAUGGUUGGUAGUACAAUGUUUAAUGUUCAAAUAAAUAAUAGACUGAAAGAUAUUAAAGGAAGUAAAGAAGAUUUUGGUGGUGUAAGCAUGGUUGUUAUCGGUGAUUUAUUUCAGCUGGAACCUGUAAUGGACAGGUAUAUAUUUAAGAAUCUAGACAAUUCAGAAUAUGCAGUUCUUGCUCCUAAUAAAUGGCAAGAUAACUUCAAUAUGUUUGAAUUGGAAGAAAUUAUGCGCCAAAGGGAGAGCAAAGUGUUUGCUGAUAUUUUGAAACUAAAAUAA